GGCCCGAGUUGCCAAGUAGCUGGUAGUGUCUGUCAGCUGCUUGCACACUGUUUACCCACAGGGGAUCUGUUACAAGUGCUCAAAUGAACAGGCAGCUUAGGAACUAGCAGCUUCCUGGGAGCUGCAAUUACAUAAGCAUAUAUAUUUAAUAUAAUUGUGGGACAAGUAGCAGCGCUAUGCCUGGAUCAGCCACAGCUAUCCGACAAGACAGACUGAAGAAGACCCACGCGAGGACAAUUCCCCUCGUUCUGUUCACCAUUAAUGAGGAAGAUGAGCUGCAAAAGAAUGGAAAUUCCAGAAGACCCAAAGCGUCUGAUGGCUAUAAAAUACAAGGAAAGAGACCUGCCCCCAGCCGCCCCACUUCUACACUUUCAGGACAAAGUAGCAACCACUCAGGAAGUAAACCAGAUCCCCCACCUGUGCUACGGGUUGAUGACCGGCAGCGUCUGGCCAGAGAACGCCGUGAGGAACGAGAAAAACAGCUAGCUGCACGAGAAACCGUCUGGCUAGAGAGAGAAGAGCGAGCCCGGCAGCACUAUGAGAGGCACCUGGAGGCGCGGAAGAAAAAGCUGGAGGACCAGCGGCUGAAGGAGGAGCGGAGGAGAGCGGCGGUGGAGGAGAAGCGGAGACAGAGGCUGGAGGAGGACAAGGAGCGCCAUGAAGCUGUUGUUCGGCGGACGAUGGAAAGGAGCCAGAAGCCGAGGCAGAAGUAUAACCGGUGGUCGUGGGGAAGCCCUCUCCACGGGAGCUCUAGCAUUCACAGUGGAGAUCCAGACAGGCGGUCAGUUUCCACCAUGAAUCUUUCGAAACAUGUCGAUCCUGUCAUUAGCAAGCGGCUCUCGUCCUCAUCUGCGACUUUGCUAAACUCUCCAGAUAGAGCUCGCCGCCUGCAGCUCAGCCCCUGGGAGAGCAGCGUUGUUAGCAGACUUCUGACGCCCACACAUUCGUUCCUGGCCAGAAGCAAAAGCACAGCCACCUUGUCUGGAGACACAGCAUCUUGCAGCCCCAUCACCACGCCCUUCAAAACUGCACACUCUAGAAACCCAGUGGAUCGACCAAAACUCUUUAUAACGCCGGCCGAGGGCUCUGCGCGGAGGAGGACCAUUCACGGGAUAUCGAGCUAUAAAAGAGAACGAGAACACAUUCCCUUCCACGUUUCCCCUGGUGUCCGAAGGACUCUGUCUCCAUCUAAUCUCAAGGCGAGAUCCCCAGCUCCAGCCCGCCUUUGGCCCCCAUCCAAGUCCAUGCCUCAUCUGCCCGGGAUACCCCGACCGGCAUCCUCCUUGACUCCUGGCCCCGUCAGAGCUGCUGCUUCUUCCUCGUCUCCUGGCAACAUCCGCCCUGUCAAGAGAGAAGUGAAAGUGGAGCCUGAGAAAAAAGACCCCGAGAAGAAAGUGGCCAGUGACCCCACAAUAAAGGGCAGGGUGCCAUUAGUGAAGGUGGAGGAGGUCACAGUUGAAGAGAGGACACCCGUGAAGCCACCUGACCCUGGUAAGAAUGGACCGGCUGGUGCUGGCGUGUGAGCCCCUGUACCAGCCCCCAAUCCAGCUACGGACCCAGCCCCAGCACCACCAUCACCAUCCUCUGUGAGUGUCGGUGUAGUUCCUAAGACUUCUGCAGGCACCACUGACCCAGAAGAGGCUACGAGGCUGCUGGCUGAGAAGAGGCGUCUAGCCAGAGAGCAAAGGGAGAAGGAAGAACGGGAGAGGAAGGAGAAGGAAGAGCUGGAGAGACAAAAGAGAGAGGAAUUGGCGCGAAGGGUGGCUGAAGAGCGAAGUCGCAGGGAAGAGGAAGCGCGCAGGCUGGAAGCUGAGCAGGCGCGCAAGAGAGAGGAGCUGGCGCUGCGUCUGGCUGAAGAGGAGCGGGAGCGGUGGGAGAGGGAGGAGGUGGAGCGCGUGCAGAAGCAGAAAGAAGAAGAAGCCCGAGCCCGGGAGGAGGCAGAGAAGGCUCGGCAGGAACGAGAGAAACAUUUUCAGAAAGAAGAGCAGGAGCGCCUGGAGAGGAAGAAGCGACUUGAAGAGAUCAUGAGAAGAACCAGGAGGACAGAGACAGCGGAUAAGAAAACCACUGGGCAAAGCAAUGGUGACAUAGUCAAAGGAGUUCUCGCCGGGGAGACAGAGGUGUCUGCCCUGCCAGGUGUGAACUCUCCAGGACAUGUCGGGUCUGCAGACAGCACACAUGGAGUGGCUUUGCAGCAAUCAAAAGUGACCACAGAGAGUUCUCCAGAUUUGGAGAAGCAGCCAAAUGAAAAUGGAAUGUCCACACAAAAUGAAAAUUUUGAAGAAAUUAUAAACUUACCUGUUGGAUCAAAAGCGUCCAGAUUAGACGUCACCAACGAGAGCCCAGAAAUUCCCUUGAAACCAAUUUUGGCCUUUAAUGACGAAGGGACACUUGGGCCCCUACCUCAGGUGGAUGGUGUGCAGACACAACAGACCACAGGUGAGCUAGCUGCCGACUGCUUUCUCUGAUCCAUCAGAACUGAUACCCGAGAGAGGAUGAGUGGUGGUUUUGUCCUUUGAGGGAACAAGAAAGCCAUUGUCGAAAAAAUGGUGCAUGAUCAUGGAUUGAAUUUUAAGGUGCUCUGGGCAACUUCUAGGCCCUUCCUGCCUUCCUCCCAUUCAGUCUCAGGCACCCCCAGCCUUGUCCAGCAGCACUGGUGCCAGCACCAGAGAGGCUCCAUGUGGAAUAGACUCCUGGGCCAGCUUCACUGGCAGUGAUUGAGUUUGUCCGUCUUCCGUGGGCCGUCGAUUAUAGACUGCCUUCAGUUUGGGUUCUCUUGCCAUUUCUCU